GAAUUAAAAUCGAGGCGGCAGUCUUCGCUGGGACUCUGGAGCGACCACCUGGAAAGUCUGGAUAAUCCUGCGAGGCAAAACAAUCGAUCACGACUCAUUUACAUAACGAUUAGGCGAAUGCACGUCGCCUAUAGUGUGUCUAGUUCAGUGACGACUGUUUAGAAGUCUAACGAUUCAAGGACUCCCAGUGAUUGUCGCGAGCCUGAUCGACACGUUGCAGGAAAAUCGCGUCCUUUCAACAGGAUCCUUUGUAGGAACUAUUUGCAGCAGAAUGGUUAACAAGAAGAUGGUGUCUCUUCCGUACCCGUUCUCCUUAGAGGAAGAACUAAAGAAGAACCCCGAGAUCAAGAUGUCGGAUGUAGAGAUGCUGAGGGAAUGGUGCGAGAAGCAGCAACACUUGCCAAAGAUAACGGAUCAGCUUCUGGUCAUGUUCCUGCACAGCAAUUACUAUAGCAUGGAGGCUGCAAAGAACACGGCGGAGAAUUUCUUCACCAUCAGGUCCCACGUUCCUGAGUUCUUCUCGAUGAGGGACCCUUUGGGAUCGAAGGAGCUGCGCCAGGCCUUCAAUGUCGGAGCCGCCACUGAACUGCCCAGCUUGUCCAAGGAUGGCUACAAGAUACUGUUCGGAAAAUUGAUGGACCCCGACCCAUCGCACUAUUCCUUCGACGACCUCACCAAGUCGUUCUUCAUGAUGUCCGAUUUGGUUGGUCUGAAAACUGGAACCAUAGAUGGAUAUAUUUUUAUCGGGGACUCGACGGAUGUGUCGCUGGGUCACGUGGGUCGAAUGAGUCCCAUGGGAGUGAAGAAGCUAGUGAUGUACCUUCAGGAAGCGAUACCUGUUCGUUUGAAGGGAAUACAUUUCAUUAACACGCCGUCAGUGAUGGACCUGAUAAUGAACAUGGCGAAGCCAUUUAUGAAGAAGGAACUGUGGAGCAUGAUACACCUGCAUUCAUCGUUGAAAACGUUGGAGGAAUUCGUUUCCCUCGACGUGCUCCCAAACGAAGUAGGUGGAAAGGCUGGACCUAUAUUGAAGAUGCAGGAGGAUCAAGUAAAGGAGAUAGAUAGCAAACGGGAUUGGUUCAUCGAGGAAGAGAAAUUGAGCCGCGUGGACGAGUCUCUGCGUAUUGGAAAAAGCAAGACUGCCAGCGACCUUUUCGGGGUCGAGGGGACUUUCAAAAAGCUUGAGAUAGAUAGCGAAUAUGAAAGAGCCAGUGCAGUCCCAGCCGUCGACUCGAUCAUCACGAAAUCGUUUUCUUUUGUGUGCUUUAAUUUGUACAUAUACUUCGUUUUAGUUCCAAUCGGAGAAUUUACGUUCGACAUGGCUCCGAUCAAACCAAUAACGUACGAAGAGGAGUUGAAGAAGAAUCCAGAAUUGAAAGAAGAAGACAUGCAAGUGUUGAGAGACUGGUACAAGAAGCAGCCUCAUCUACCGAAGAUAACAGACGCGGAGUUGGCUCUGUUUUUCCAUAGCAAUUACUAUCGACUGGAACCCACAAAGGCAACCAUCGAUACGUAUUACACCGUGAAGACGCACGUACCUGAAUUUUUCUCGCAUAGGGAUCCCUUUGGACAGAAGGAGCUGAGGAAAGCCUUUCAGACAGUGACCGUCCAGGUUUUGGACAAAAAAACAGUCGAGGGUUACUCGAUUCUCUAUGGCACGCUAAUCGAUCGCGAUCCCUCCAAUUACGUCUACAACGAUGGAAUGAAAUACUUGAGCAUGGUCGUGGAUUUGUGGCUUACGAAGGAAGGCACGUCAGAGGGGCACAUAAUAUUAUUCGACAUGAAAAACGUCGUCUUUGGACACGCUGCUAGAUUGAGCCCCAUGGGACUGAAGAAGUAUCUCUUCUUCUUGCAAGAAGGUCUGCCAGUUCGCCUAAAAGGAUUUCACUUCAUGAACAUCACGCCUGUGAUGGACGUGAUACUCAACAUGAUGAAGCCAUUUAUGAAGAAGGAAUUGUUGGAUAUGCUCCACACGCAUACAAAUUUGGAGACUCUGUCGAAGUUCAUCCCCAUCGAUGCGCUGCCAAACGAAAUUGGGGGAAAAGCGGGAGCCACCAUGGAACUGCACGCAAAAGUUAUCAAAUUGUUGGAGGAUAAUCGCGAUUGGUUCGUGGAAGAAGAACGAACGAAACGAGUCAACGAGUCAUUGAGACCUGGUAAAGGGAAGUCGAUAACCGAUCUCUUUGGAGUCGAAGGAAGUUUCAAGAAACUCGAAAUUGAUUAGGUGGCUGUUGGAUUGGAAAGGCUUAUGUGGUGUACAGCAUGUGAAUUAUAUAAAGUUCAUUUAACAUUUAACUUUAUUUCUAUUCUGGUAAUUUAAUAUUCUUGUCAAAGGAAAGUGACAAACAGUGUAAUAAAAGGAGUAUAA